AUGAUUAACUCCAAGACUAUUGUCUCUGUCUUGACCCUCUCGGCCCUUGCUGCUUCUGCCCCUACCCUCAGUAGUAAUUUCUCUAUUAACUUAGUUCCUAUUAAUGUUCCUCGUGUCCACCCAGCCGCUAAAUACGCCAGGGCUCAUACCAAAUAUGGCGUUGAUAUUCCUGAUUAUCUCGCCUUAGCUGCUAGGUCUGGUAACCCUGGUAACAAUGGUCAGGCUGACUCUGUUGCUACUAAUUCUAUUCAACAUGAUACUAUAUACCUUUCUCCUAUCAGAGUUGGUAAUAACGAGGUAUUACUUGUUAUAGACAGUGCCUCUGGUGACCUAUGGGUCAAGACUAGGAACACCCCUGGUGCUGGACCUCGCACCUAUGAUCCUCGUACUGGUACCCCACUGCCAUAUUAUUAUUGGAAUGUUCAAUAUUCUGAUGGCAGCCUAGUUGGAGGUAAAGUAUAUAAAGAUAGAGUUCAGGUUGGCAAUGUUACGUGCCUUAACCAGGCUGUUGGGGUUGCUGACUACCUUAGUUCACCACAGGUAGUCUUUAGGAAUGUAUUAGAUGGUGUUAUGGGAGUGGCCUUCUCGAGCAUGAAUAAGGUGAAACCUGUACGACAGAAUACUUUUUAUGAAAACGUCAAGACAAGCCUCAGGAUCCCUGUCUUUGCUGCUUACCUUAAGCAUCAGGCUCCUGGUGCCUUCGACUUUGGCUGGAUUGAUUCUAAUAAAUACACUGGGGAGAUCACCUAUACGGGUGUUGAUCCUACCAAUGGAUAUUGGACUAUUACUUGUGAUGGAUUCUCUAUUGGCGAUACAAUUUCCGUUUUGCACUCUUUCCACGCUAUAGUCGAUACUGGUACUACUCUUGUCAUCCUUGAAGAACUUGUUGUCAGAACGUACUACUUCCAGAUUCGUUCUGCUUAUUUCGAUUUUAGCUUUGGUGGAUGGGUCUUUGAUUGCAACGAGACUCCUCCUAGCUUUACUAUUAAGAUUGGUCCACACAACGGUGUUAUUCCGGGUGAAUAUAUCAACUAUGAGAAUCUUGGUUCGGUUUGCUAUGGUGGUAUCCAGCCCUCCUCUCGCCCUAACCACAAUAUUCUCGGCGUCAUGUUCCUUAAGUCCCAGUACGUUAUUUUUGACGACGGCAUUUCCGGACAUCCCCGGAUCGGUUUCGCUACACAGGCCUAA